CAUUCAGGCUCCAUCUGCCUGAGAGCAAAUGCCUCCCUCAUUAAACUAAUCCCCGAAUGGGGGGCUGGGCGCUCUCCCGCAGCUGACCCAUUCCCCGGCCGCUGCCGCCCGUCGCCCCGCCUCGCGCCCGGCUUUCCCCAAAUCCCGGAGCAUCCGCUGCGCGAGCCGGCUCAUUUCCAGUCCGCACGAGUCUGCCCGCCGUUUCUAUGGCGACCCCGGCCGGGCUCUAGGGCAGCGCGAGCCCCAGUGGAUGCGGCUUCGCCUUUAACUGCAGCAGGCUCGGGGAGCGAGCGGCUCCCAGAAUCAGAUGCAAGCGCACAACAGAAAGAGAGGGCCGGAAGGGGGUUCAGGCCUCCAUGCACCACCCCCGCCUCCCUCUGUUUAAAUUGGAGCCUGGUGAAAGGUUUGUUUGCAGCAGGCGGGGACUUGCACGGUGCAUUUAAGGAGCGCUCCUUGCAGAGCAGCAGCCCCCGAGGACCAGUCGGUGCUACAGGAAAGGGAUUGGCUCCUGCUCCAGAGUUUGAGAUGUAUCCCAGGAUAAGAAUGGUUGGACUAUAUACCAUUUCAGUCACAUUGAUUGCAUUUCUUAUGUAUAUAAGGAAAGAGACUAAGCUGGCUGUGUCUCCAGCAGCCAGGAAGAUAGCUGCACCAAAUCCCAGCCAUACGUUCUGGGCCCCAGAGCAGACUGAACUCAGCAAAUGUUUGCCAGACCUGACAAUUGCCAAUUCCUCUCUUGCACUCCCAGAGCUUCACCGCAUCUUCUUAAUGUACAAGCACUGCAGGAACUUUUCAACACUGCUGAAGCCCACGAGAUGCAGCGAGGAAACAUUCCUCUUGCUGGCAAUCAAGUCUCCCCCAAUCAACAUAGACCGUAGGGUUGCUAUCAGGAACACAUGGGGGAAAGAAGUGGCCAUUGGCAGCAAGCCAAUCAAGCUGGUGUUCUUGCUUGGGCGCUCGGAGGCCAAAGUCCAGGCUCACUCCCUCCAUCAGCUGCUGGUUUAUGAGAGCCAAGAGUUCGAUGACAUUGUCCAGUGGGAUUUCACCGACAACUUCUUCAACUUGACGCUGAAGGAGCUGCACUUCCUCCGCUGGUUCAUGGUGGACUGUCCCCAUGCCAGGUUUGUGCUGAAGGGCGAUGACGAUGUUUUUGUCAACACCUACAAUAUUGUUGAGUUCCUCAAGGAAUUCAAACCUGGGCAGGAUCUCUUUGUUGGGGAUGUGAUCAGCCAGGCCCGUCCUAUAAGAAACACCAAAGUAAAAUAUUUCAUCCCGGAGUCUAUGUACAAAGCGCCCUACUAUCCUCUCUAUGCUGGUGGCGGUGGCUAUGUGAUGUCCAGAAUGACAGUGCAGCGACUCCAGAGCACCGCCGAGGACACCGAACUCUUCCCAAUAGAUGAUGUCUUUGUGGGAAUGUGUCUGGCAAAGAUGGCAGUGACUCCAUUGAACCAUGCUGGCUUUAAGACCUUUGGAAUCCAGAGGCCUUUUAAUCCUUUUGAUCCAUGUCUGUACAAAGAACUGAUGAUAGUGCACAAGCUGAACCCCACCGAGAUGUGGAUCAUGUGGACGCUGGUAAAGGAUGACCGUAUUAGAUGUGCUGUAUCAUUAACUCAGUAACUCGCAAAACAAGACUACUGGUGCUAAGGGGGGAACAGAAUGAUGGUGGUGGUUAUUCCAGGUUGCUUAAACUGACAUUAAAAACAAACCAAACAAAGUUGCCGUAGAUGGUACACUUUUAUUAACAGACUGUAGUUUUACAGUAGGGUAAUGUUCUGCAAUGAGCCUCUGAAACUAUAUAGCUGGGUUACUGAAGCAUCACAAGGUUGAACCGAAAACACUUAGGGGGUAGCUAGCUCAGGGAUUUGGGAUUGGGAUUGCUUCCUCUCUAGAUCACUGAUCUGAAUUCAGCCUACCUGGGUGGUGCUGAGAGGCUGUUUGGUAGCAUGCAAAGUGAGGUGGUGGACUUAGUGCCAGUUCUGAUGGUGGCUCUUGGACACCAGUGUCCCAGUUACAACUGCCAGCCUUACUAGCAGUCUCUAGUAGGAAGGCCUGUAACUAAACAGGCAAUAGAGCCUGAAAUCCCCCAUUAACCCGUGAAAUCAGGGCUAAGGCACAAGGAGAAGCAGUGUGGACAAGCUUAUGCUGCGGGGUCUGUGCAUCUCCUGUGAAGGACUUCACUGUCCAGGGUUAGCAAUCCAGCAGACUUCACCAGCACUAAGUUUACUUAAUGGGGAUAUGAGGGAAAGAACACCGAGAAAAUGGCCCAGAAACCUUUCUGUUGUCUGUUCUUAACACAGCCAUUAUGCCACAAGGUACUUAGUUCCGAUAGCACUGACUUCUAACCAGCUCUUUUUCCUUGAAUGUAUCUACUGGCAUUGGAAUUUUUGCACAAAAAUACUUGACAAUGGGAUUGGGAGAAGAAACAAAUCGUUAUUAAUCACUGUAAUAACCAUGGCUUUUUUUUAACAGCAGAUAUAAAUAAAUACUGUUUUGAAAGUA